UUCGUUUAUCUCCGAACGCGAGAACGAACGAGUCUUGCUCAAGCCUCUUCGACCGCAUGACAAGAAGGCGAGGCGCCAGUCUGGGCAGCGCCGAACCCCUCUCUGUGGCACAACCCCACGAUCCGUCAAUCAGAGCACACUGAAAUCGGCAAGUUGAUGCCGAACGCGAGUCAUCACCAAUGACAGCCGUUCCCAGCUCUCCAAAGCGAAGUCAGAGCUCCCCCCUUCGGACUCUGAUCCGAGAUUUGCACCACUUCGCGCAUAUCUCAGCUUCAUAAUGUGCAUAUCUCAGCUUCAUAAAGGGGAUCUUGCACUUUCUCGACGAGAAACGGGGGCGGCCGAGAAUUUGGCACUUACUGUUUAAAGUACCCCCUAACGAAGAAUCCACUCCAAAUACUGGCCUCCCACUGGACACAAGAAGAAUAUGGAAUAUCCACCCACCAUUGCGACACCCCCCUUUUUUUCGUGCGCGGGUCGCGAUCCUCCCCAAAUCUUCUGGUCGUGUCUCCGCGCUCCACUUGAGGUAAAACAUCCAUCCACUCAAUCGUGCGCUUCAUCCAACCCUCCCCCAUCGUGAUGCAUUAGAGGCCAGGUUAUUGGGAAGCCUGCGUCUCAAGCGCCAAAAUUUCCCUUCGCCGGCCUGUCUGAUACAGAAUCUAUGGGGCACGACUCUAUUUGCUACGAUGGUACUUACUCCGUUUCCACGCAAGCUUGACCUGGAAAGGCAAAGAGAGUGUUUAUCGCCCAAAGACUGGGCCGCCCAGUCACUCACGGCUCGACCCGCCCCCAAGAAAGCUCAGCUUGCCUUGAAUGGCCCCAUGGUGUCUAGCAGGCAAAUUUGGCCCACUUGAUUCGCUAUCUUUCGCACAUUCAGGCAAAGCUGACAUCCUUUCCAACCCAACAAACAACCUUCCAGAGGAGGGCGGAAGUCAGGCGCACCGGUCUGAGUUCGGUGCUUAUAUCUCCCAUGGCCGUUAUGUACAUAAUUCACCCUAGGAGGCCUUAUUUACGCAGUACGGAGACACGUUGGAACUUCCAUCCCCUGUACAACCGGGUACGUGCAUCCCACGCCAUCCUGCGGGCGCACCCAGGACAAUGAUUCGCACUGACCAACGGUGGCUGGAGGCGCAUCGUGCUCUUAGUGGGUUCUCGCCUGCAGGUCAACCGGCUCCGUCUGUGGCCCCGGUCUGAGAUCGCCGAAAGCCCGACUGAGACGCGUCGCUUGGCCCUGGAACCCUCGUCCGUUAUUAUCCUUACUCAUUCGGGUCGAAGGUCCUCUUUUCUUCAUAUUUAGUCCGGGUUGCCUAACACAUUAGCCUCCUGCACUCGUGCGGUCUGGGGCCACAAGUGGUACUUAACGAGUCAACUACGAACCACUUGACGAAUUAGCUGCAUUAUUAUCAUUAUUCCUUGUACUCCGUAUUUAUUCUCCAUUUCCCUUAUUUCUAUUUUCUCCCGUCCUCCACUUGAUUUCCCCCCCCCCCUUCCUUCGUCUCCCUUUCUCCCCUUCCUCUCUCCUUCCCUUCCAUUCAUGGCCCACGGAAUACUGUCUACGGAGACCUGUUUAGCUUGACCCCUACCCUUUCACUAGUGGUCGGUGUUUUCUCCGCCGGGAAUCACUGCGUGCGACCGAAUCCUUUUCAAAGUCGAUCAGGCGUUUGCUGUCUGAGCGUUGGCCACCCGAAAGCUUGUCCCACUGCAUAAUCUUCAGCUUGGCUCUGCUGAAUAUUUUGUUUCAGCCCACCAAUAAGGGCUCUAAUUUACAAUUCGCAGCUCAGAGCCACGCUCUUCGAGUCACACACGAAUAGCUUCCAAGCAUGAAGGAAGACAAAGCGGAUACGGCGUCAAUUGACGGGUCAACACCAGCAGCAAGUAACCAGGAAGUUCACCAUGUCGACGACGAAAAGCGAUCGUUUCAUGAAGCGCUCGAUGUGGAGCGAGGACCUGUCACGGAUAUCGAGAAAGAGGCCAUUGAGCAAGCCGCCGAAGAGCCUCGAGAUCCAAACAUUGUCAGCUGGGACGGUCCUGAUGAUUCAGAAAACCCUCUGAAUUGGACGAAGAAGAGGAAGGUGUCGGCAACGAUCUCAAUUGCACUAAUCACGCUUCUCACGCCUCUUGGCUCAUCUAUGUUCGCUCCCGGUGUCUCACAGCUGGUACAGGACUUCCACAUUACGAGCACGGAGCUUUCAUCAUUUGUGGUCUCCGUAUACCUACUCGGCUACUGCUUUGGCCCACUCCUGAUUGCGCCAGUUUCCGAGAUUGUCGGUCGCCGCAUCGUCUACAAUGUGUGCAACUUCUUCUACGUCGUCUUUACCAUUACUUGUGCUGUCGCUCCCGAAAUUGGCAGCUUGACGGUCUUCCGAUUCCUGGCUGGAUUUGUCGGAAGCUGUCCGCUUACAAUCGGCGCAGGCUCGAUUGCAGACAUGUUCGUUCAGGAAAGUCGAGGUGGCGCUAUGGCUGCGUGGGCUAUGGGCCCUUUGAUCGGCCCCGUUGCCGGUCCCGUUGCGGGUGGAUACCUAGCCCAGGCCAUGGGCUGGAGGUGGACCUUCUGGGUUCUCGCCAUGGCUAGCGGGCUCGUCUUCGUCAUUUCUCUUUUUACAAUUCGGGAAUCCUACGCCCCGACCCUCCUGGCCGCAAAGACGAAAAGGCUGCGCAAAGAAACCGGAAAUCAGAACCUACGCUCUGCCAUGGACACUGGCCGUGAUCCCAUGGAUCUAUUCAUGUUCUCGAUCGUCCGGCCAACCAAGAUGCUCUUCUUGUCGCCUAUCGUCUUCCUUCUCUCCCUCUACGUCGGCGUCGUCUACGGAUAUCUCUACCUCCUCUUCACUACCAUCAGUUCCGUUUUCGAAGGCCAAUACGGCUGGUCUCAAGGAUCCGUCGGUCUAUCAUACCUGGGCAUCGGAAUCGGCUCCUUCAUAGGACUUGCUAUGCUCGGUGCCACGUCCGACCGUCUCCUCAACUACCUCGCCGAGAAGAAUGGCGAGAAGAAGCCCGAGUAUCGAUUGCCACCUAUGAUCCCGGGCUCAAUUUUUGUGCCCAUCUCAUUGUUCAUCUAUGGAUGGACGGCCUAUUACAAGACUCACUGGAUCGUUCCCAUCAUUGGAACGUCCUUCCUCGGAAUCGGCAUGCUAAUCUCCUUCAUGACCGUCAGCACUUAUCUCGUCGAUGCCUACUCGACCUACGCCGCCUCCGCCAUGGCUGCCAACACCGUCUUCCGAUCCCUAGCUGGUGCAUUGCUCCCACUUGCCGGUCCCAAGAUGUACGAGCGCCUUGGAUUAGGCUGGGGUAACUCCUUGCUCGGCUUCAUUGCUCUAGCUCUGUGUCCGCUGCCGGUAGUCUUCUACGUCUACGGCGAGCGCAUCCGCAAAAGCAAGCUGUUCCAUGUCGAGUUCUAAGGCGCCCAGGAGGCUGCCGCUCCGAUCUUUGAUUUCGAAUUCAUUAGAUCCAUACGGUGCAUUACACCCUUUUGGCUCUCGUGUAUAUCAUGCAUAUCCAUUAUGAAUAUUUGGAGGCUCAGACAUGUCGGUCAGGUCAGGUUAUUUAGACCAAGUUGGAAGCAUUUAUCAGGCGCUCCAUGGUUGUGGAUUAUGUUGAAAACUGCAGGGGACCAUUUAAGACGCAUUUUGGUUACACUGAUGUGGAUAUGAGUAUAUAGGCCCUAUAAAUUACGAAUUGAUGAUAAGUAUCAAUGUUGCUGUUUAUACCUGAAACCCCCAAUAGUCACAAGGGAAAUUAAUGAAAGAGCCUGCUUCAUCGCUCGGUGAUUCUUAUG